GCACCUUCAAAAUCAACUACGAAAAUCCUCUGGAACGACUCCUGCGAAACUCGUGUGUAUUGGGUAGAGGAUACACAAACGCCACCAACUUACCCUCGCAAGAUCGCGGUAGAAAUGUAGCGACCCCCAAAAUGUCUGAUUCUUAUCCACAUCGGGAACUUCCUGCAACUACCAACAGCUGGUACUACGAAGAAUGGAGUGGUGGGCGGAAUGUCUGGCCGGGAUGGAUUCGAGUUCUAUGUUCCUCCGCAAUCAAUGGGCGUAAACCAUUCACACUAGGUUGGACUCACAGAGUUUUCUGGACAGUCAUCUGUUUGAGACGGGAUGAUAAUGUAUCGACAUGUCAAAGGGUCAUCUUCUCUGGCUACCUGCACGUAGACACGGCAUUUGUCAAGCAAGCGGCCGUUCUAAUGGUGGUGUUUCAGACUUUGGCUUAGCUGGGGUCGGUUUUAUGAACUCACCUUCGCAAACGUGCCCUGCAGUCCUAGCAUGGCGUCCUUCGCACUGUAUUCCAGCCUCAACCAACGUCCAACUCGUCAAGAAAGCAGAUAGUGUCAAGGAACCUGGUCCCAGAAAACCUUGAACUUCCGGACAGAGCAAACGCCAUAUCCAGCGUCAAGACGGUGUCGCUCGAAUCGGGUUCCCUCACUGGCUGCAAGAUCUUGGGACUAUCUUCAGUAAGCCUGCAGAGAUACGUUUCAAUGGUAUUGAACUAGUUUCAACAGUGCAGAAGGUCGAAGCGUGUCUUGCAACGCAUAGGUUAGGUGCCUUCUCGCUCGAAUUUCUACAGCCACACACCGUUUUUAAUUGUCCAAACCAUAUCAUAAAGCACGCCAAUCCUGUAGAUUCCUGUAGGUUUGACGAACGACGAUGGGGCCAGCGUGACGGUUGCGGGCAAGUUGUUUGCGGCUUCUUUUUUUCUCACCAUCUUCCCGUCCUGUUGCUCAGUUUGACAACAAUUGAUUCUCAAAGCUUAGCGUUAGACUUGUAUAAAGAAGGGCUACAUACAGGGUCGCGGUCUUGCCGGAAACAGCAAAUCUCUACAAUAUCCGCACGUCCCAACGCUACUGUCCGUCUGGCUCAUAGGUCCUUCUGGUUGUUCAAAGGUCUCAGAUCGAAUAGGAGACAGGGUCGAGUUGUACGAUAAUGCUCGGCAUGUCACAGGUCGUAGUCUGAAAUACAAGCUAACUCUCCAUA